GUAACACCUCUCUCAUUGCACCCACCACCAAAACUCCCCGCACCCCCAAACACCUCCUCCCCGCCAACUUUUCCUUCCGGCAGUAUUUCGGAUACGCUAAAAAUCUCUAACAUGGCUCGUCAUCUGCAUACAAGCGAGUAUUCUGACUCGGACUCCUCGAUGCGCCUGAAGUCCAAAGCCCGUAUGGUGGCCUCCGUCUCGGCACUCCUCGCCAUCGCCCGCCGCCUCUCGGGGAAACUGAAGGCCGCCAACUCCAACAUGAUAAAAAACAACCACCAGUCGAAAGUCGCGCCGAAUAAGUCACCGAUGAUGAGGAAGCCGAAGAAGCUAAUGUCGACCAUAAGCAACAAGGCCAUCACGUUCCUGCACCGGAAAAAGAUCGGCGAGGAAUCGGACAGUAGGGGCCGCCUCCACGCUGAGGAGGAGGAGGAGUGGGGGGACGGUGGGGUAUGGCAGAGGUCGAUCCUGAUGGGGGAUAAGUGCGAGCCGUUGAAUUUCUCGGGAGUAAUUUAUUACGAUAUUGACGGGAAGAAACUUAACGGAGCUCCCAUAAGGUCCCCACGUGCAAGUCCUUUGCCGGGGUACCUCGAGAGGGGUAAGAUAAACUGACGGCGCCGUUAACUUUCAAGUGUUUUUCGUCGGAGAAGACGACAUGUUUUCCAGCGUUAAUUUGUCUGUGUUUUUUUUGCUUCGUUUUCGUGGUAUUGCAACUGUUGUGUCGUGACGUGUCACGCAUGUGAGUUCUUAUUGGUAUGGUGGGCGCAUGUAUGGGUUUUAGGGGCCACAGUUGACGUCGUCGUCGGAAGUAGGUAGUUGAACUUCUCCAGUGUAAUAGGGCGGGGACGUGCGUACAUAUGGAACACAUUUGGAUUUUGCAACCCCUUUAAUUUGUGGAUGAUUUUUAAAUUUAGUAAUGGACUCGUGGGUUUUAGAUUUUAUUUAUGUUGAACAUUUAUAUCAUUCACAUCCUUGAGUA